AUGGCCUUCACCUGCGAUCCGAAAGAUCCACGGGCGCCAAAUUACCUCAAGCGCAUCUGUCGCAAUCUACGCUGGAUCCCCUUCAUCUUCAUCCUCAGCCUCAUCACCUACGCCUAUCUCACCGUCACCAUCUCGCUCGCACUUCGAUACCACCUAACACGGAAAGGCGAAUGGAUUUCGGCACUCUUCGAAUUGCUAUUUUCCACAACUUUGGCGGGUGGGGCGAUAUGGGGCUUCCUCGUCGCUGUGUUCAAGCAACCUGGUUCACCGAUUGGGCAGCGUAGGGGCGACAAUGAGAACUGCACAGCAACCAACUCGGCUAGUGCCAUACCUCCGGGUAGCGAGUACGAAAUGUGUGUAGAAGCGGAAGAAGCACAGUCUCUCAUCCAAAACCACGAUCGUGAAAUCGAUGCACAGGCAAACGACGAUGCAGCACCACUUUUCAACGUACCUAUCCCCGGUCAACCUCAAUACCCUGCUCGCUCUGGCCGUCAACAACUUGCCGACCUUCAGCGCCUCCCCUCUCUUGCCUCUGUAUCCGCCAAUUCAUCUGUGCAGCGUCGAUCCAAUAUCUGGGUAAAAUCCUCUGGCGAAUCACGAUGGUGUGCCAAAUGCGAUGCCUCGAAACCUGAUCGAACACACCACUGCAGCUCAUGUCAACGCUGCGUUCUCCGCAUGGACCAUCACUGUCCCUGGCUCGCCAACCGCUGUGUAGGCUUGCGCAACCACAAAGCAUUCUUCCUUUUCAUCACCUACACCGCGCUGUUUUGCAUCUAUUGCUGCCAGGAAACCGCUCGAGCACUACUGAGGUACGUAGAGAUGGAGAACAAUGGAUUUGAAACUAGUCCUAUCGGCUGGGCGGUGGUGUUGUUCCUCGGUUUUAUCUUUGGAGCGAGUCUGGUCCCUUUUGCUGGAUACCAUGCGUGGUUGAUCUGCAAGAAUCGCACGACCAUUGAGAGCAUGGAAGGCUCGGGGAGGGUGAGAUUGCGGGUGCAGAGGAAUCAUCAAAGGCCUAGGGUCGAAGAUCGCUUGAGAGGAAUCGUGGGAUCUUCUAUCGGGUCUUCAACCGAUUAUCGGCCAAACCAGAAGGGCAAUCGUAUCGGUGGUGGGCGGGAGAGGGCUGGCAAGCAAAGCGUUUGGCGUUCCGACGAGCACCUUUCACGAGACGAACGAAGAGCGUUGAAACAGGCUAGCAAACUCAACGUAUACGACGUAGGCGCAUUCAGCAACUGGCGUCAGGUAAUGGGCGACAAGUGGUACCUCUGGUUCUUGCCCAUCGGCGAGCCGCUUUCCGACGGCUUUAGCUUCCUUGUUCAAACAACAACACUCGAAAAGCUGGAAGAGAUCACAGCGUCCAUUCGUGCUCGCGAACGGCACGUCGAUCGUCGUCUCUUCUCGCCAGAAGACGAAGGGCACGACGACGACGAUGAUUCAGUCUAUGACGGAUCAAGAUCGGCAACACGCUUCGGAUACGUCGAUAGUACCAGCGGGGAAGCGAUGCCAGCAAACUCGCGCGAGGCCGGCCUCGAUCGACAGGCAGGUCUGAGAUUCAAUGGCGCACAUGGCGAGAUGGAGUGGGGAGAUGCGCCAAAAAAGUCGUUUGUGCUCUUUGGCGUCGAUGAGGAUGACGAUCAUGUCUAG